GGGUACGUGGUGUAGAAAGGUACGUGUGAUAGGUCUUUGGAAGAGUAAUAAUCCCAGAUUUCCGAACAAUAAUGACAACAAGGAAUUACAGCUGUCGACUGUAUUUUUACUUGGGUCUCAUCGUUCUACUGACGUCACUUUCAUAUGUUGCAUCAGCUGAUAUCUUCGGUCCAAAAUGUCUCAGUUGUGAAGGAGUGGGGAGUCCAUCAGACUGCCUGUAUACAAAACGAUGCUGGGCACACGAGCGAUGCUUCACGGAACAUCUGACCAAUUCCAGCGGAGCCACUUGGUACAACUUCGGCUGUAAAAUACAAGAGGAAUGUAGCCUGCUGGAAUCUUUCAGCGAGAGAAGACGAGGUUUUGAACCAACAGUGACACUGUGUGAGCGAUGUUGUACAGGUGAUGCCUGUAACACCCAUCUCUGUUCAACAACAACAGGUCCACAAUCCCUUUCCUGUUUUUCUUGUGACGACACGGACGAUUCCAACGCCUGUCAUGUGGUCAAACAUUGCAGGCCACACGAGGUGUGUUACGCUGAGUCGGUGAUUGAAGAUAGUCCAGUGCCCAGGCACACUUUGGGUUGCGUGUCACAGUCGGACCUCUGUAUUACAUAUACAGACAUUUACCGUUUUGAGUACCAAGGCGAUAAGAACCCGUACAUCUGA